UUUGCAAACAAGAUGGCGACUUGUACUCAAAUAUUUCUAUUUUGUGUUAAUCAAUCUUCAAUUUUUGACACCUUACAUGUGAUGGAUUUCUAAAAUAUUCAUACCAAAAAUAUUAAUAACAAGGGAAGACUUGAUAAUUUAUUAGCAAAAAAAACCUUUUUAAUGAUGGCAGAGGAUUCUCAGUCACCCCAAGAGAUAUCAUCAUUGCCAGAUUCUAUCUCUGACCAAGUUGAUGUUGUUGAGUCUGUUGUUAGUACAGCACCAACUUCCACUGAGUUGACUUCAGUGACUGUUGAAGAACUUGUGCCCACCACCCAAGCCACAUCAACUAAAGCAGAGUCCUCAGCAUAUGUAAGACCAAAUGGACGACUGUCAUUAACGAAAGACGCAGAGAGAAAUGCUGUGCCUGCAUGCACCAUAGCCCCUAUUAUGUCAAGAGGAAGUGACUUUCUCUUAUCAGGGUCAUCAGCAUCUGCUUUUCGUCCAUUUGUUACUCAGACUUCAACACGAGAGAUCACCAGCUCAUCAUCCCAUAAUCAAAAUCCACUGACAUCAACACCAGUUUCUAGAAGAGCUGAACGGCUGACAUUACCUGGGGCUUCCACCUUUAUGUCUUUCAACAGAACCACUCCUACGCCCUCACCUCAUCGGCAACUAUUAUUAGGAGACUCGGCCAAUAACAAUGAAGAAAAUGAAGAUGGACGAACUACAGCAUCAGCUCCUCCUUGCACACCUGCCCCAGAGCCUCAUUUACAGCCGCAGUCACCAUUCAGAAACAAUCGGCAAAUUAAAAAAAUUGAUCUCUUAGCCAUGUCAAGGUCUCGCCAGUCAGACAGGGCAGAAAAUGCUAGACGUGAUGGGAGACUUGCCCCUAGCCCUAGAAAGAAAGAUGAAGUUUUAAGGAACAGUGGAUUUACUUUUCCUGCUAGCAGAGUUUAUGAAGCACAGUCCAGUCUGCGUUUAAGUAUGCAAAACAGCAGGUUAACAGGAGCUGAUUCAGGUUUAUCACCUGAAAGGCUCACCACAGGAACCUUAAGUACUUCUUCACCAAAUAUUGAUGUUGUGAGUGUUGAUGACCAGCCAGAUCCCACAAAAUGCAUGUUUAGCAUUCAGUUUAGCCCAGCAGAACAAGUUUUGAAGUGCAGCAUUUGUGGCUUUUUUACUAGUAAUCAAAGAAUUUACAGACGACAUAGAAGGCUACACACUCGACAGUAUCAGCCAAAUCUGAUUCAUUGCAACCUCUGUGACUUUUCCACAACUCAAAUUCGCAAGAUGAGAGAACACACAAUAUCUAGCCAUCAUUUAUCUCACCCUCAGUCUCUGGCCAGCUCAAGUCAGGCUUUCAAUCCCCCAGCGAUGUUAGAGUCUAAUCACAGACCUUCAUUACAGAGUCAAAUUUUCAUGGGCAAUGGGAGUAUGUUUCAUCCAGUCACCAACAGGCCAGUGAAUAUUGCAAUUGGUGCUGCUUCAGCCACCGCUAUCUCUAGUGCUUCAACACUCGCCCUCCCUACUUACAUUACUCCUUCUCAAGAACCUCAAAUACAUGUCAAUACACAGGCUGGACUGCAGCACCCACCAAGAGGAAGUGCAAUGCUAGGGAAUUACGCUCCAUCCAGUGGACAAGAGAUGACUAAUUAUAUGCACUCAGUCAUAUCCAACCUCAUGUCUCCACACACUGACCCAAACAACUCGGUUUCAUCAUCAGAUUUGUACUUAAUGGCAGCAAGAAACUUUCCACAAGAAUCUCAUACAGCCUUACCAUCUACUAGUGUUCCAGUUUCGGAGGCGUCUUACAAUUUUAGGAGGUUCUGGAAUAAUAACAGUAACUCUUUUGGAAAUAAUCAAAAUACAUCAGCAUCUUCUUUUGUUAAGGUCAAGUCAGAACCUAGGGCGGCACCCAUCAAUCAGAUGUCCAGAACAGUACCAGAUUUACCAUCAAGUACACAGAAAGAUAGGCAAGUGAGAAGUCCUCGCAGACAGUCAGACAACAUUGAUAGUGAAUCUGGUAUGGACAUGAGCAGUGAUGAUCAUGCAUGCUCUCCACAGCCAGGAGGUUUUGGAUCUCGAAGUGAUGCACGAGUCAGUACUGAUACACUUCAGACAAGUAGUACUGCCCAGGCUGAUGAUCCUCCAGUGUCCUCCCAAUGUUCUGUUCCUUUUAUCAAGAUAGAAUUCCCUCCACAUAGAGAGGCAUGCAACUAUUUAAAUUGCAACACCCGCAUGCGAACUGACCGCGAGGUCCAGUGCGAAAUCAUCUCAGCAUCCAAUAGUCACUGCAGACCAGGUGGGCGCACUCAAUCUGAGACAGUGAGCAGUGCUGGUGGUUCUGCUGUAAUGGAGACUAGGUGCUACUUUUGUGGUGUAACAUUUGAUGACGAGGUACUUUAUUCUAUUCACAUAGGCUGUCACAGCCACACUGACCCCUUUAUGUGCAAUGUCUGUGGCAAGCAAUGUCACAACAAGUAUGGCUUCUACUCACACAUUAUGCGAGGACACCAGUCUAGGCCCAAUACCUAAUUUGAUUUCAAGUAUUUCAUUGUCUAGGCGCACCCUUGUUAGACUACAGUGUGUGCAUGUGUGUGUUUAGUGAAUCUUGGACUCAUUGUAAUCUUUCUAUCAGACAUGAACAAGUUAUCAGGGUAAUCUUUUAAUGUACAUACAAAAUAUGUCUCCUUCUGUCUCAUGUGACACUGGAUGCAUUAAAACAAAGACCACUUAGCAUAUUAACAUUUGGAACCAGACUCCUUAACUUUAUAAACAUACAUCAAUACCAAAAAGUUUUUUUUUUUAGUUAACCAUGGAAGAUUCUAGCACUGGACUCAAAUAAAAAAAGCUCAACAUGUAUACGAGGGUUGUUGCCAGUGAUUUAAAUAUUAAAUUAGGUGUUAAUCUUCAUUAAAGUAAUUAUCACUGCUAGCUUUAAUUAAGGCAAAAGUCUGAUUGCAGCUAUAAGCAUUGAUAUUGUUAUAGCCACCAAAGGAAUUCAGAUGUAAAGUAACAUUGUUUGCUCAUCCUAUAUUUCACAAUAUAUAUUACGCUGCUACUGUAUUUGUUUUCUUCCUUAAUAAUGACUCAAACAUAUCCCAAUCAACUAACACUGAAGCAAGCCAUUCAUUUUGAUGCAGGUGAACUAUUAAAAAUGUUGCAGUUACUAUGUUUUUUUUUUAAACUAAUACUACUGUGUAAAUUUUAGUAUACAGCUAUGUUCGAAUGUGCCAUGUUGACCUGUAGCUAUUUGUAUAUAUAUAUAUAUAUAUAUAAUAUUUACAUUUCAAUACUUUCUGUCUAUGAGUUGUUUUGAAUAAGCCUUUUUUUUUAAACAAUAUGUACCGUAUGAAAUUAAACUUUUACCUUUGUUACUUUUAAAUUACAAUUUCAAUAUUGCUCAAUAAUAAAGAUGUAAAAGAAUAACAGUUUUUAAAAAUAGAUAUCAUUUCUAAUAAUGAGAACUUCGGAUUUUCUUAUUCAGCCAUAAACACUUAAAAUAUUAAGUUGUUGAAAUUCUCUCCUCCCCCUAAUGUAGAGAAAGCAAGGCAUUAAAUUCAAACAUUAAUUCAGACCUUUUAUGAAUUAUAUUCAUGUAAACACUUUUAGACUGUCCUGUAUUCAGUUGUGCAAGUAUUAGAUAGUUAGAACCAUGCUUAAAUUAUAAGAAGAUGAUGAAUUUUCAAACACUUUCUUUGACAGAAGGGAAGUUUUUUUAUGGUUUGAAAAAAAAAUGUCUUAAAUGACUUCAGACUAAUUCUCAGUAUUCAGACUUUGUUAUAUAGUAUAACAUAAAUGUCCCAGCUCUGCUAAAUGCUUUGAAAAUCUUGUCAGCUUUUCAUAAAACAUUAUUAUACUCCACUUGAUAUAUUUUUUAUGGUGUCACUUCAUUCUAUGUAAAUUAUUAUUUAUUAAUAAUAUACAUACAUUUGGCUAAAAUUUUAAAGAAAUUAUAAUAUUCAGUUGUAUACAAGAUUCUGUGCAAAAGUGACAAUUGUCAUUUUAAAUGUAAAUAUAUAUAAAUAUCUGAUUGUUGUUCUUUUUAUCUGAUAUUUGCACUUUUCAAAUCUUCAAAAUUAUUUUAUUUUUUUAUACAUGUACAGAUUUUUUAAAAAAUGUUUGUUGUAUAAAUUGCAGUUGAAUUGUUGUGCAUAAUUAUUAAAUUCAAUCCUUUGUUAACUACUUGGUCAUUUUUUUCUUUUUAAUUUUUAAUUGACUGCUGCUUGUUUUUUUUUUUUUUUAGCUAUGUUUAGCUUUUUUUAAAGGUGCUAAAUCUGUGAUCAUCAAACUGCAUCCCUGACAUUUUGUACCAGACCAGUUUUCUUGACCAUCAUCCUUUUCCCUUUAAUCUUUAGAGAUUAUUUUCUAUUAGGCUUCAGACAUUUUGUUUUCUAGGUGUUAACAUUUUUUUCUAGUCAGGUUCUUGUAUGUUCAAAGUUUUUAAAGAUCUCAUUAACAACAAAAUUAAAGUAGGAUUGCUUUGAAUGUUCAAAGUUUUUGCUAGUCAAUAAUUUUGAAACGUCUGACUUUGACUACACUAUCAAGUUUUCUUUUAAAUGUUGCAUUUCUUGAACAAUCUUCUCUAUGUGGUUUAUCUAAGUUGUCAUGUGUUUUUCUAUUCAGCAUUAUUGAAGUAGAACUGCAAGGUGGGUUAUGCUGAACUUUGAUUAUUUAAGCAAUGCUCUGUAAUAUCUGUGAGUAAAGUGUUAUUGCACUUUGAUUUUAUUGUUGUUUUUUUCUUAUAGCAGUAACAUAGUCCAAUUCUGAAAAAAAAUGUUUUUUUUUUUAUUAUUAUUUUUAAUUGCAGAACUACAGUUGUAACCUCUUUUUUUUUCUUAUGUAUGUGUAUAAAAACUUGCUUCAAGUUUUUUUUAAAGAUCUAAGAUAUUUAUUAUUUAAUAGCCAGCUUUAAGUAGACUUUUGCUUGUGUUUUGUAGUUAACUGACAAAAUUAUAUAUAUAUAUAUAUACAGUGCUUUUUUUUUUUUUUUGUGACGGUAUGGUACGCACUGACACCUUUUUCAAAGUGGGGAAAAAAUUAUUACUUUUCUUGCAUUUUAACGUUUAAUUAUUAAUUUAUUAGUAGUUAAAAGUUAGGCAUCACUGAGUACCGGCACCUAUUUUUUUUUUUUUUUUUUUUUUUUUUUUUUUUUUUUACAAAAAAAGCACUGUUUAUAUAUAUAUAUAUAUGUUUGUAUAUGUGAAAUAGUGGCAACGAUGCUUAACACAUUAACAAGUCUUUAAUUGACAUUAUCAAUUUGUUAAAUUUGUUACAUUUCAGAAAAAAAUGUUUGGGGUUUUGUGUGUGUGUGUGUAAAGUUGCAGACACCUACAUAUAAUAUGUGAAUAUUUUCUUUGUUUUUAUUUAGUACACUUUUUUUUUUUUUAAGUAAAUGUUUCAUCUAAACUUUAAUAAUCUUAUCAAUUUGACUGUGAAACAAUUGAUAGCUAGAUAAAAAGGUUAAAAUUGUUUUACUUUACAGAACAAUUUUUUUUUUUUUUUAAACUGAAUCAAAAUCUAAGAGGCUGUCAGCUGAAGAAUGAAUCUUGCUAAUAGUUUGAUAUUCCUACUCCCUAUCUCCUGAAUGUCAGUUUUACCUUUGUAUUGAACAGCUGUAUAGUACUAACCAUGACACAUGUACUUACAAGUACAUCUACAUUUUAUUAUCUAAUAUAUUUUAUCUACCAAUCCUAUACCUCUGUGUAUCUUUUUAAACUUAUUUCUCUUUGUUGAACUGAACAACUUUUCCUUUAAUGUCGAUCACGAUUGAGAAAAAGGAUAAAACUGGAAUUGUCUGUGUUCUAAGGGUCUACUAUAGAUGGGGAGGUAAUGUGUGGUUGACCAACAUAGUGUUUACAGCUCAUUUUCUUAUUCUUAAAACUGAUAGUAUAACAUUAAGCUCUUUAAGAACUCCCUGUCCAUUCUGCUGCUUACACUGUCUCGUCUCAUGCUCACAAAUAAUAAAAAGAUAUUGAAGGCUACAACAGUUUUUAUUUCAAUAUUUUUUAUUGGGAGCUUUUCCAGACUGAGUACCAGUAUGCUGAGAAAUUAGCAGAAGUGGCUAUCAUUUAUUGUAGAAGGUUCCACUUUGUACAUUUAGAUAGUUUUAAGGUGAAAUGAUUUUUUUUGUAUUGCUUCAUUCAUGACAGAAGUUUUACAUUUAAUGUUGAUAGCUUUCCUCUAUUCCAGGUUAUUGGUCUCUAUGUAAGACUUAUACAGACACUCGCUUUAGUAUAAUGAGUUUAGAGAAACCACUUUAAUUAGCUCAUACUCUUUAUUAGUUGUGUCUGUCUGAACCUUGUUUUUUUUAUUUAGUGUACGAUACAUUUUUUUGUUUCUGUAAUGUCAACAGUAAAAACUCAGAAAGUAGUUUGUUAAUACAAAGUGUUCAUUCUUUUAAGUUGUUCAAAGGGAGGGAAGUGAAAUGUUAGCAUAAUUUAUUUUUUUUCUUUGGUAGAAUAAACAGUGUAACAAACUUG